AUGACAACCGGAAAUAUACCUCCUGAAUCUCCUCCUAUUUUACCAACGGCUACUUGGGCUCAGAAACCAGGCAGAGCAGGUACCCCGACCAGCGUCUAUUCGAACACACACUCUCCUUUGAUAGGGGCUCCGAUUUCUCCGACAAUUACAACUUCUUCCAGCCCCCGAGUGGGUGUAACUUCUGGAAGCACCAGCCCGACAAUAUCACCCAUAUCACCAAAUAGCUCAUCACAUUCCAACUUUCCUAACUCUCAAAUACAGACGACGCCGCCUACGAGUCCGACUAUUUCAACGCAUUCCGGACUUCCUGGCCUCCAAAUACAGACGACACAAUCUAUAAGUCCAAAUUUUAUCGUUUCGAAAUGGGGAAUCGGAUGGGAAACACCGACGAUAAUGAUAUCGUGUUAUGUACUUGCUCUCGCAACCGCUCUACUUCAUUUGUUCUUAUUCAUCUAUAUCUCGGGUAAAAAAGCCGACGGGAAAGAUCGAGUUGCUCCUCAGACAUAUGUCUCCACAGCUUCCAACAUUCUAGCGAAUUUUUUCGCGUUAUUUCUCAAGACGGCGUUAGCAAUAGCUUUUAUCCAGUAUCUUUGGCAUCUUCUUCGUGUCCAAACUAUGAAAGUCUCCACGAUCGAGACUCUUUUUGAUCUAAAGUCCAACUUUUUUCAGAUGUUUACGGGUGCUGCUAUUCGAGCUAGUCCUGUUUUGUGUCUGCUGUCUAUGAUUAUGGCCAGUAUGACGGUUGCACUCAGCUUUCCUCCUGGCGCUAUCAAUGUUGUUUCGGCACAGAGAACAACGUAUAGCUCGGUAGUUGUCCCUACGUUCAACGCAUCAUUUAUGGGGAAUGGUUCUGGUUUAGCCGCUAACCAGUACUCUCUGGAUACAUUAUCACCGGUACCUGAAAGCGCAGAUGGAUCUGUGUCUGGGUUUUCAUCAAGCGGUCUAAAAUCAGGAAAACACUCUAAUCUACUUCCUCGCCUCGCAUUUCAAACAAUGAUCACAGGACAAGCAUUCGAUCAACCCUCACCAUGUGGCAUGAAUUGUUCCUUCGUCAUAGAAUUCGAAGGACCAACCCUCGAAUGCAAUUCAUCCAGCACUACAUAUAGCGAAUUUUUCGAAGGCACGAUUGGAUACCCGAACUUCACCAUCUACUCCGGAAAUUGGUCUGAUCUCACACUUAAUUCCACACCUCGCUCCCUAUUUUACAAUGAAACUUACUCGAAUGCUCACUGGCAAAGUACAACAUUAACUCUCUUGGACGCAGAAGUAGAUACAGUUAACUCCAUCCUGAACACAACCAUAACACAAAAUAACCUCUACUGUAUCCCCGGCCGCGCACUCUACACCGUAAACAAUACCUAUGUCUCCAACAUUCUUACACGCACUAUAACUACUGCUCCCAUAUCGCCCCUGAUCAACCUCGCGCUCUCCACCCAAAAUAAUACGGUCAACGUGCCCGGCUUCACCAACGCCUCUGGUAUCACAACUGGACACGAAUAUGGAACUAUCCCCGCAGACUGGAGUGCUGAUGCUCUAAACUAUUACCGUGAUUUGAACAUGAUGACAAUCCUUGAUACCAUGUUCUAUCACCUCGCUGGCGAAUAUACCGCGAACCCUGCCGUUGUUUCAAAUUUGGAAAAGGAGAGGGCGACCGAUGCUAUCAGUGACAAGGGAUGGGGGGAAAGCACGCCGACGUUUGGAAAUGCCGAUGCUGGUACUUCUGGAGCACUCAACGGCACCAUAAUCUCGCGCACCCCUCUCAACACAGCCUUCAAACACUACACCCUCAAUUCCUCCGCCAACCCUAACUUCCAACUCACGCAAGAAUCGCUCAACGCGCUCCUCCAAAACAUCACCCUCAGCACGUCGCUCUCCUACGCCCUCUGGUCCACUCCCACCAACACCAGCAUCCACACGACCGAAAAUAUAUACAACUUCUCGCAACCGCUUAACCUCUUGCUCCCCUAUCUCCUCUCCCUACUCCUCUCCCUCCCCUUUCUCUUCCUCGGCCUAUGGGCUCUGGUUCAAAAUGGAGUUAGUGCUAGGGAUACCAGCUUUACCCAAUUAUUAUGCACUACCUCCUCCCUUUCCUCUCUCUCCUCUCUCUCCUCUCUCUCCACACUCUCCACCUCUCCCUCCACCUCCAUCUCCCAAACCUCCUCCCAAACCUCCUCCCCAACAAACGCAAACUACCACACCCACACCGCCGGAAACACACUAUCGACCCUCACCCAAGGCGCCUGUCUCGGCAACCCCCAAUCGCGUUCGCAACCCCUGAACGAUUUAUACAUCCGAUACGGCGAACUCAAGAAUGUGCAUUUGCAUUUGCAUUCGGGCACCACUCUCAAUGACAGUGGUGCGUUGGAUAUUCGAAGAGCCGGGUUUGGCUUGGAGCAUGAGGUGCGGCCGUUGGUGAAGGGGGGGAGGUAUGGGGUUAUGGUUUAG